AUGAACAAGUGCUGGAGAGAAGGCCGCAUCCUGGAGCAGUGGAACAGGUCCAAGGCUAUCCUCAUAUCCACUCCCCGAAAGCCGUUGAGUUUGGAGAACCUACGCCCCAUCCCUCUCACGUCGUGCGUCGGUAAGGUCUUGGAACACGCCUUCCUGAACCGUAUCAAUAGCCAUCUAGAAGAGACGGAAGCCUACCCCCACACCGUAAUAGUCUUCCGAUCCCGCCUGUCAACGCAGGACGUCAUGUUGCAACUGAAGAACCUGAUCCUUGACGACAAGACAAGAAACACUAGAUCCAUCCAAGGACUAUACCUGGAGAAAGCAUUCGACAAUGUCGCUGACGAGUCGAUCCUGAAACAAUUGUCUAAUCUGAACUUGGAGAAAGGGCCUAUAACUACUUGA